AUGGAUGAUGAAUUCAAUGUAACAUAUAUAACUCUGGAUGGAUAUGUGGAAAUGCACAAAUACAGAUUUCUUUAUUUUGUGAUUUUGUUCUCAGCAUAUAUUCUGAUAAUCUGCAGUAAUUCUACUAUUGUCUAUCUGAUCUGGAUUCACCAAAACCUCCAUGAGCCGAUGUACAUUUUCAUCGCAGCUCUGUUACUGAACUCUGUCUUUUUCAGCUCGACGAUCUACCCGAAGCUGCUGAUUGACUUUUUAUCUGAGAAGCAGAUCAUAUCUUAUUCUGCCUGUCUCUUUCAGGGUUUUCUAUAUUACUCUUUAGGUGGUUCAGAGUUCUUACUGUUGGCAGCCAUGUCUUAUGACAGGUUUGUGUCUAUAUGUAAACCUCUGCAAUAUCGCACGAUCAUGAAGAAAACAACAGUUUGUAUCUUCUUGGUGUCAGCUUGGCUUGUGCCCGCUGGUCAGAUUGCAGUGCCAGCUGUACUGAAUGCUAAUAAAAAACUCUGCAGCUUCACUUUCAAAGGAAUAAUCUGCAACAGCACAGUUUACAACCUUCACUGUGUGAGAUCAAGAGCACAAGCUGUGUACGCCGUGGUCAUUUUGUUCAACGUGGCACUUCUCCCUGUGCUCUUCAUCCUCUUCACAUACACCAGGAUACUCAUAAUAUCCUGUCGCAGCUGUAGAGAAGUGAGGAGAAAAGCUGCACAGACCUGUUUGCCUCACCUGUUGGUUCUGAUCAGCUUUUCCUGUUUGAGUGCGUAUGAGGUCAUCAAACUGAGAGUGGAAUCUGACUUUCCAAAAACUGUUCGUUUAAUAAUGCUCUUCCAGGUGAUUUCGUAUCAUCCCAUCUUUAAUCCAAUCAUAUACGGAUUAAAAAUGAAAGAAAUUUCCAAACACCUCAAGCGGUUGUUCUGUUAA